UCUGUCUCAUGAACGGAACUGACCGCUGCUGGAUCUGUGAGUAACAUUCAUUCAGCAACACACAACGGGACUAAACCAAUCGAUCUGGAUUUAUUUCCACACACCCGCUCUUGAAUGAGGUUUAGAGGUUCAGACGGGAUUCACAGAUUCAUUCAGGAAGGACGAUAUUUAAUUCCCACAAUAUGAGGCGUGCGGAUCUCAUCAGAUUCCCCCCCGGCAGAUCAUAUGUGCGUCGACCUGCGGAUCCGAGCAUCAGGAGAGUUUGAGAGCAUCCAGUUUUAUACGUUCGGUGUCCGUCCGGAUCAUGGCUCGUGGGAUGUGGAGCGGACUGUGACCGCAGGUUCCUCCAGCAGUUGAGACGCACACUGCCGAGGGUUGAUUCCAGGAAAGUCGUCUAUCUACUGGACGUUUUCUGGCUGGAGUUGUCGUUCUGAGAUAUCACACGUACGCCAGACCCCGCCAGCCCGAGGAGACGCGACGACCAUAUUUGUUUAUUUGACUUCCCCCUCUCGAACCCAUCCAUCUGGAUACGCUUCUCCCCAUCCCAUAUUCAUCAUUCUCUCCCGCGGCAUCAUGUGGAGUUUAAGGAACUUGCUUUCUCUGCUAACUGUGUUUCAAGCCUCGAGCCACAGUCCCAACCCAUUCGCCGGGCCUCAAGCGACACCGACGGACCCCUGCUACGACGAGACGGGCGCCGCCCGCCGAUGUAUCCCCGAGUUCAUCAACGCGGCGUUCGGUCAGGAGGUCGGCGUGUCGAGUGUCUGCGGGCGGCCGGCGUCUCGCUCGUGCAGUUUCGUUGAACGCGACGACCGUCCCGCCGUGCGCUCGUGUCAAGUCUGCGACGCAUCGGACCCUCGCAACGCACACCCUCCCAACUACCUCACCGACCUAAACUCGGCCCACAACCUCACGUGCUGGCAGUCGGAGAACCUGCAGGGCUCGCCGCUCAACGUGACGCUCACACUGUCGCUCGGGAAGAAGUUUGAAAUCACGUACGUCAGCCUGCAGUUCUGUUCCCCUCGUCCCGAAUCCCUGGCCAUCUAUAAGAGCAUGGACUACGGCCGCACUUGGACGCCCUACCAGUUCUACUCGUCGCAAUGCCGUCGCAUGUACAACCGACCCAACAAAGCGGCGAUCACCAAGCAGAACGAGCAGGAGGCUUUGUGCACGGACGGACACACUGACCUCUACCCGCUUUCCGGCGGCCUUAUCGCUUUCAGCACGUUAGACGGACGCCCGUCAGGGAAGGACUUCGACUCGAGUCCCGUUCUACAGGACUGGGUUACGGUCACCGAUAUCCGUGUGGUCUUCAGUCGCCCGCAUCACCCCAGAGCGCUGCCCAUGUCGGGACGCGAGAGCGAAGACCCGCUCGGGCCGCCCGCUACGUAUUAUUACGCGGUUGGCGACUUCCAAGUGGGCGGGAGGUGUAAAUGUAACGGCCACGCCUCCAGGUGUGUGCGGGAGAAGGAAGGAAAGCUGGUGUGCGAAUGCAAACACAACACAGAGGGUCCGGAGUGUGACCGCUGCAAACCGUUUCACUACGACCGGCCUUGGCAACGCGCCACCGCGAAAGAAGCCAACGAGUGUUUACCGUGUAACUGUAACCUGCACGCGCGACGCUGUCGCUUUAACAUGGAGUUAUAUAAGCUCUCGGGCCGUAAGAGUGGAGGAGUGUGUAUGAACUGCAGACACAACACCGCUGGACGACACUGCCAUUACUGUAAAGAGGGAUUCUACCGGGACAUGGGCAAACCCAUCACACACCGCCGGGCCUGCAAAGCAUGUGACUGCCAUCCGGUGGGAGCUGCAGGUAAAACGUGUAACCAGACAACGGGUCAGUGCCCAUGUAAAGACGGGGUGACCGGCAUCACCUGCAACCGCUGUGCAAAAGCGUAUCAGCAGAGCCGAUCACCCGUCGCCCCCUGCAUUAAAAUCCCUGUUGUAAAGCCGACAGCUGUGAUCAGCACUACAGAGGAGCCUGCAAAUUGUGACUCGUACUGUAAACCACUGAAGGGAAAUCUCAAGAUAAACAUGAAGAAAUACUGCAAAAAGGACUACGCUGUCCAGGUCAGCGUGUUGGACAUGGAGACGGUCGGCGACUGGGCUAAAUUUGCCGUGAAUCUGGUGUCCGUGUACAAGAGUCGAGGUGAGCCGCUGAAGAGGGGCGAUCACGUGCUGUGGGUCCACAUGAAGGAUCUGGCCUGCAAGUGUCCACGAAUACACAUGGGCAAACGCUUCCUCAUCCUGGGCACGACCGAGGGCGGCACGAACCCCGAACGCCCGGGACUGCAGGCCGACAAAAACAGCCUGGUCAUUCAGUGGAGGGACAUUUGGACUCGACGACUGCGCAAGUUCCAGCGCAAAGAGAAGAAAGGCAAGUGCAGCAAAGCGUGAUGGGAUUGCAGGGAACUCUUUAUUGUUGACCACUGUCCUGCGUACGCGGGAGACCGCGAGACCGAACUCUGCGUGUCGUCUGUACGUUUGCGGUGCGUUAUUUGAUAUGUCGUCCUGUUGGUCAGCCUUUUAAAGGGACCGUUAAAAAGACUGUUUCUAAUCACACACACACACACACACUCCAUUCCUCUCAAAGCCACGAUUUAAUCAAUCAAAUAUGAAAUACGUCCUCAAAUUACAAAUCAGCAGAACGAUUCUGUCCGCAUCUGGUUCGGUUCUUCUCGUCAUCCGUUGGUCACACCGGUGUUCACCACAUGUUCUGACAACCUCACAAUCUUCAUCGUCAUCAUCGUCAGCCUUCACGUUGGAAGACAUUAUUAAGUCUCCUCAUAGCACCGUACGUGU